AUGGCCGACGACCAAGACAAGACCAACAAGGCAAUCUUGGAUCAACUUGUGUACAUCGACAACUUCAUCGGUGAGGAUCACGAGCUUAACUUCGACCUCUCAGCGUUUGCGGACGACUCAUUUAUCUUUGCAGACGAGGAGAAGCCUCCGAACGAUAAGAUCAACGAAAUGCUCCGCAACAAAGAAGGCCUCCAUGCUCUUUCUCACGGCAGUGCCAGUGGUGAAGCGGCGGGUCACGGAGACCUUGGUGGCCUUGAGUUGAACAAUCUCCCGCGGUUCCCAGUGCCUCCUGGUGCCAAAAGCUCCUUGGAGCAGGCGGGUUUAAACCAAAGCCAAAUCGAUUUAUUAUCGGCCUUAAUCGCCCAGUACCAGCUGGUGCAGCAGGCGCCACUGUUGGACUCGGUGGACCCAGUGGACCCACAAAUGGUGGGGAUGUCGGCUCAACCACCACGCCCACGGCAUAAUCACAGACACAGCCAGUCGCACACGCUGCGGCUACCACUUCUUCGCACCACUUCGCACGGGCCUGGUAGUGCCAGUGGGUCGAGCUCCGCAGGCGGUGGACUUGGGCUCAGCGGUGACACGGCUGCUCCUGAGACGUUUGUACCAUUUUUCCUGACAUCGCCAUCGCUAGCUACCGGCAGCUUUGGUGACAGUGCUGGUACCGGCACACACGACGACGGCUCAGGCUCGGAGUCCCCCGCGUCGCUGUCUACGUCCAAGUCUAUCGAUAACGAUAUAGACAAGCGUCGCCGCAACACGGCGGCGUCCGCGCGGUUCCGCAUCAAGAAAAAACUAAAGGAGAAGCAGAUGGAGGAUAAGAUCUCCAAUCUUCAAGACGUGAUACGAGGGUUUGAAGGCAAGAUCCAGACGCUAGAGUUGGAGAAUCGGUUGCUCAAAAACUUGAUUAUUGAGAAGGGAAGUGAGAAGAGCGACAAUGAGUUGCGGAUGCUCCGGGAAAAGAUAUAUAGGGAGGAGCAAAAGUAG